UUUCUCCACCUCAUCACAACCAACAGCAACAACUUCAACUAUAACAGCAGAUUCAACAACAACACCAAAAAUAACCAAAUUAUUACCAGUCAAUAAUUAAAAUACAACUCUGUAAUUAUUCGAACAAAAAUCAAAACAAAACGAAGCUGACCUUCAAAAACACAACGCUUUAUCAAACAAACAAUUCUACGCUCUGAUCAUUUCUGGAUUUAUCAUUUUGAGUUCAUCUGGCAUCCAAAUCGAUGAGCAAGCUAAUAUGAUUAUAUCAAAACUUUUACGUGCCUUGGGACCCACUAUAUUACGUACCGCCGUACAAGGUAAUACCGCCAAUAGAGCAAGAGCUUCAUUUGAUGCUGAUUUCGAUGAUGAUGAUGAUGACAAUAGCAGCAGUAGCAGCAGUACAGGUAGUAGCACUUCAUCUAGCAGUGGUACUAGAGUAUCCAUAGAAUUGCCCACAUUUGAGCCAGAAGAUGAUGAUAAUAAUGAGGUAGAUAGUGGUGAUAAAACUACAACUACCACGAGUACAACUACAGAAUCCACAAAAUGUGAGUGGAAUGGCAACAAAAAUGAAAAUGUUUGCUACAACAACGCUUAAAAACUUAAUAAGCUAUACUUUUUAAAAAAAUAUAUACAAUAAUAUGGUUAGUGUUGCCAUUUAAAAAUAUGAAUUAAUCUGGCAAUGCUUUUUAAAUUAUUGUAGAUUUUUUUAUUAAGUAAUUGGCGCUUAUUUCUUGUCUUCUUCACAAUUGGUUUUUAAUAAAAAAUUUUUUUCUUUUUUUAUUGGAAUUUUUCUUU